CACCAUCUUCACCCACUUUACCAACACAUAUCUUUUCUUCUUCCCCUCCAAACAUCAAAUAGCUUUCAAGCCAACCAGUUAUGGCUUCCCAAUGUUUAGUUUCAACUAGAAGGGUCUUUGUGUGCUCUAUUAUGCUAAGCUUCUUGGUGGCUGCUUUUGGCAGCAAUUUUGACCAAGAUUUUCAAUUAACUUGGGGUGAUGAGCGUGCAAAAAUAUUGAAUAAUAGGCAGCUUCUCACACUGUCUCUUGAUAAGGUUUCUGGGUCGGGAUUUCAAUCCAAGAACCAGUACUUGUUUGGGAAGAUUGAUAUGCAGCUAAAGCUCGUGCCCGGAAACUCUGCUGGCACUGUCACUGCAUACUACUUGUCUUCGCAAGGGUCGACUCAUGAUGAAAUCGACUUUGAAUUCCUUGGCAACCUAAGUGGUGACCCUUACAUACUUCACACAAAUGUUUUCACACAAGGGAAGGGCAACAGAGAGCAGCAAUUUUAUCUUUGGUUUGACCCAACCCAGGACUUCCACACCUAUUCCAUCCUAUGGAACCCCCUAACCAUCAUCUUCUCUGUGGAUGGGACACCCAUCAGGCAAUUCAAGAACUUGGAAUCAUACAACAUCCCCUUCCCAAAGGAUCAACCCAUGUGGAUAUACUCAAGCUUAUGGAACGCCGAUGAUUGGGCGACACGGGGAGGUCUCGUGAAGACCGAUUGGAGCCAAGCUCCAUUCACAGCCUCCUAUCGAAACUUCAAUGCUCAGGCUUGUAUAUGGUCUUCAGGUUCAUCAUCGUGUUCUAGUACUUCGAGAGGUUCGUCGUGGUUGACUGAAUCACUUGACAACACAGGCCAAGCAAGAAUAAAAUGGGUGCAAAGGAACUACAUGAUUUACAACUACUGCACCGACACCAAACGCUUCCCUCAAGGAUUUCCUCCGGAGUGUUCAAUUGCAUAACUUCAUAUUCCUUUUCCUUUCAUUGAUUUUGUAUCUGUCUCAUGGUUUGCAGCAAAUGUGGCGUAACAAGUUUCCGAAUAAAUAUUUUGGUUUCUUUGUCAGUAUAACUAGUAUUAUAUAACAUUGUCACAAAAUCACCCAGUGGAGUGAUCUAGUUUUAGAGUCCACGAGCUUUUGGUCUAAUUUAGCUAAGUUAACGGGCACGGUCAGGGGCUUUGUAAUCCCACUUGUAAAGACUUAUCGGAGUAAUCUUUGGGCACUCUCCU